AGAGGAUCUUGCGUGAUUGCGCGACAAUGACGAAUAAAUACAGUUGAGAUGUGAAAGAAACGGAUGGUAGGGAACACUUUCCCUCGGUUGAACGGUGUUAGGGACAGGGCGUCGCGUCGCGGCGGCUGGUAUAAAGGAAGAAAGGAGAAAAGAGCGAAAGAACGGCGAGAGUGAGGGAAGGAUUCCGGUGAGAACAAAGUGUGUCGAGGUCUUUUCACAGACAGUCAUCGUGACCGGGGUUUGCCCCGUGCAAUCACGAAUCUUGCACGGUUUCGACGGUUUUCUUCCUCCGGUUGAAUAUAUUUCAUCAAACUCCUCCCUCCUUUUACCGAUCUUUCUUCGUCUCCCUCCUUUCGAUCUCUCUGACCGAUUCCGUUCCCCUACUUAGCCUACACACUCUCUCUUUCUCUCUCCCUGUCACGACUCAAUAGACGAUGAACAAUUCGCCGGUAGUAUCGCGAAGACAACAAUUUUCUUGAAAUAGUUCAACGUCGCGUGUGUCGCGUAUAUCGUGAGUCCUCGUGUGCCCUCGUGUUAGGUGUACUGUCAGCUGGCGGUGACGAUAGAAACACUUGGAAUGUCGGUGAAAAGAAUCUAUUGAAUCGUUGCCUCGUCAGGAUGUGGUCGUCCACCGUUCUCAAAUUGUGCACGAUAUGGAGCACUUUGCUAACAAGUAGCUGGUCUUACACCGAGGAAGCCGCACGUUAUCAUCGAUAUUAUACCGUACGCGACACCUACGACGCGAUACCAUCGAACAGAUAUGGAAGCUACCAAGCGGUACAGGCGCUGUCACCGGUGCGGCGGGGAUGGAGCGACGCGGAAGCGUGGGACAACGACGCGUCGCGAAGAUUGGUCACAGGAAUUUUUCGGAGGGACACGCAAACGCGGCCUUACGUAAGGCUAGCGAAAGUGGAGCAAUCGGAAGUAUCGGCGGAUCCGUUGAUCGCGAUCAGCGAGACAUUGGGUGCUUUGAACACCGUCGGCAGUUAUAUCGUCAAUAUGACCAGAGGUGUCGAGAACUCCAAUUACCCACCGAAAGAACUGCCAUCAGCCCUGUAUACCAUCUCGAAAAACAUUCUAGGUCGCAACGUAACCGACAGUAUCGCACCGUUGGUUCGCGGAGUAACGCUGCCUCUGCGAGCAACACCGGUCACCCCUUCGGUCGAGAUCUCCGACAGGGAAAAGGAACCGUCCGGUUGCACCACGGCGGACGGUACCCCUGGAAAGUGUCAGGAUCUGAGUAAUUGCCCUCAGCUUUUGCUAGAUCUGACUAAACUCAGGCAAUCCCUCUGCUUCAAAAGUUUAUUCGUACCUGGUGUUUGUUGCCCGUUGAACGAUAAACCGGACAACGAUGGACCGAGCUCGAUAAUUAGCGUAUUUCCAACACCGGGAAUCGCACCAGGCACAAAUGUGCAUUCUCCACGACCACCGAUUCGCCCAACGAAACCGCAGACACCAAGACCGAUUCCACUGUUUCCCGUUGUCGUGCCUUCCACGACGAUCAACCCUUCCGGCGUAGCGACGGAAUUCGUUUCUCUGCCGUCCGUUGAUCCGUCUUUCAACGAAUCGAACAGUUUCGUUGAACCACCGAUCACCGCCACUAUCGACAACAAUUUUAUUCAAGACGACGAAGAGUGCGGGGUAAGAAACUCGGGUAAAUAUCGAGUAGUCGGCGGUGAGGAAGCUCUACCAGGACGUUGGCCUUGGAUGGCAGCGAUAUUUCUACACGGCUCGAAACGCACCGAGUUCUGGUGCGGUGGUUCUUUGAUCGGAUCGAGAUACAUUCUCACCGCUGCUCAUUGUACGCGCGAUCACCGUCAACGGCCAUUUGCCGCGAGACAGUUCACCGUGCGACUCGGGGAUAUAGAUCUCGAAAGGGACGAUGAACCGUCUGCCCCGGAAACCUAUAUGGUCAAGCAGAUUCACGCUCAUCCGAAAUUCUCACGGGUUGGAUUUUACAAUGAUAUCGCGGUUCUCGAGCUGACCAGACCGGUUAGAAAAUCUCCAUACGUAAUACCAAUUUGUCUGCCGCAAUCGCGUUAUCGAAGCGAACGAUUCGCUGGCGCCAGACCUACCGUAGUCGGAUGGGGUACCACUUACUAUGGUGGUAAAGAGAGUACGGUACAGCGACAAGCGGUACUUCCGGUCUGGAGGAACGAAGACUGCAACGCGGCUUAUUUUCAACCUAUCACGAGCAACUUUUUGUGUGCUGGUUAUAGUCAAGGUGGGAAAGACGCGUGUCAGGGUGAUUCAGGUGGACCAUUGAUGCUCAGGGCGGAUGGCCGAUGGAUUCAAAUCGGUAUCGUUUCGUUCGGCAAUAAAUGCGGCGAACCAGGAUAUCCAGGAGUAUACACACGUGUCACCGAAUAUAUCGAUUGGAUCAAGAAUAAUCUGAAUUAAUACUUAACUAGUCUAUCGAUCCAGCUCGAAAAUGAUGUCGGUCGCACCUGCUGUAUCGGCUGUAUAUACGUGUGCCAACAAUUAUUAUUUAUCUUUAGCAUUACGAUUGUAUGUACAGGAUGUUAUGUACUAUAUCAAUAAGCGUGGGACUCGCGUUAUCGCUAUAUAAGCGAUACCUCCCUAUUUCAUCUUGAUUCCAAAUGAUAGAUAAUUUUUUUGUUUUCCAUAUAUGAUAAACACUCUGUAUAUUUAUGUAUGUAUGUAUAUAUGUAUGUAUGCAUGUCUGUGAGUGACGCUGAGACGUUGUACGCAUGCUCGAAAACAAGCCAGAAAAAUGUUAUAUGUGUACUAUUGCAACGAUAGUACCACAGUAU